UUCAAGAGUACAAUGGGGGUUUCAAAGAGAUUUGUAAAGGUGGCAUUAUAAAUUUCCUAUUAAAAGAUGGCGGAUGCAAAUAGCUUGUCAGAAAUGAACCAACAAGAUUCCGUUGCAGAAUAUACUUCCGAAGCAAAAGAGAUCGAGGGCGCCGAAAGCGAAGAAACGAAGCCAGACGCGAAGCCUACCAGCUCCAAUCUCCAGGAUGCGUUCAACGACGUAUUGGACAACGCAGUUUCGAAGUUGUGGGACGAACGAUCGCGGAAUAAAUCGAAGGGAAAGAGAAAAAGACUCUCGAAGGAUGAAGAGAAAACCCUAAUUGGUCAGCUUAUCGAUGCUCUUAGUGAUAGCCAAAAUGAAACUGAGUCAUUACAAGUUAUGGCCAAGCGACUUGUUCAAAUGGUUGUUGAAAACAAAACUGGUGAAUAUAAAAUCGAUGAGCUUACAAAGCGAUGUAGUUUGCUUAUGAAAGAUAAGGAGGACCUUAAUGGACAAUACAAGAAAUCAAAGCUUGCUCUUACCAAAUUAGAAAGCCUUUGCCGUGAGCUGCAAAAACAUAAUAGGCUGAUGAAGGAAGAAUGUGAUCACAGGACGAAGGUUGAGGAGGCCAAACGCCAAGAACUGUCAACAAAAUUUCAAUCAUCCAUUGGUGAAAUAACCAAUCAAAUGCAGGAUAAUCAUUCCAAGAACCAGCAGUUGAAAACUGACAAUGCUGAAUUGGCAGCAAAACUGAAAGGUCUGGUAGACCAAUAUGAAAUGCGAGAACAGUAUGUUGAUAAAGUCCUCAAACACAAACAAAUUGAAAAUCAAUUGCUCGAGGCAAAAUUGGCACAACAGACAUUAAUUCUCAAUGAAGAAAGAGAGCAAGCAUUAAAAGAGAAACAACAGCUACUGCAGGAGUCUCUGGAAUAUCAAAAGAAAUGCGAGCAACUUCUGAAAGAUGAGGCUGAAUUAAAACUCCAACUGUCUAUGUACACAGAAAAAUUUGAGGAAUUCCAAAAAACAUUGACCAAGAGCAAUGAAGUUUUUGGCACCUUUAAGAAGGAAAUGGAUAAGAUGACAAAGACAAUAAAGAAAUUGGAAAAAGAAACAAUUAUGUGGAAGCAGAAAUGGGAGAAAAGUAAUCAGUCACUACUGGAGUUAGCUGGUGAUAAUAAAAGGAAAAAAGAACAAAUUGAAAAAACGACCAUGAAAAACUUGAAGUUGGAAAAUUUAUGUCGUGCUUUGCAAUUAGAAAGAAAGGAAUUGAGUCAAAAAUUGGAAAGUGGUCAAUCAUCUGGAGAGGCGGUGAACAGUGUUGAAGAAACGUCUGAUUCGCCAGUUCCUAUGGAGAAUGGCCACAGUUCGAGGGAAAGCGACCCGAAACCCGAGGCGGAACAAGCCCCGGGCGAUACUUCGGAUACCGGCGAAAAUUCCAACUCAAAUUCUCCCACAGAGAGCGAGAGUUGUAUCGAGGUAUCCUUAGCGCUGUCGCAGGAACAAGUUGAUUGUUCAGAAUGUAGGGAAUGUGAGACGAAAGAUUCGCCGUCGCCUACUGAGGGGGUUGGGGACGAACGUACCGAAGCGACCGAGGAUGAAUGGCAUGCUGAGUCAGCACAAAAUGAAGCUGAUUCAGCAGAGAAUGAAGCUAAUGAGGAACAAGAGUGUUGUGAAGACGAUCAGCCGGAGAAUGAAGCCGAUGAAAGCGAGCAAACCGAAGCAAGUAACCUCGAAUAGCGACAUGACCGCACAGAGAAUGACACGGUGUCUGAUAAUGCGGAAAACAUUCAGUGAAGAAGUGCGAAAAACGAAAGAAAAUAUUAUGAGAACUAUACGAUAAUCAUAACAGACAAUAUUAUCUACAAUAACUGAAUGGAUUUUGUAGUAUAAGAUAUUAAAUAUAAAUACAUUUUUGUU